AUGAGUGUUGUAGGUGUUGAUUUCGGUGCCCUCAACACGGUCAUUGCCGUGGCGAGGAACCGUGGUGUCGAUGUGAUUGCCAAUGAAGUCUCUAACCGGGCAACUCCUUCCCUCGUCGGAUUCGGACCCAAGUCCCGUUACCUCGGUGAGGCUGCCAAGACACAGGAGAUCUCGAACCUUAAGAACACCGUCAGCUCCCUCAAGCGCCUCGCCGGCCGGUCAAUUAAGGAAGCCGAUGUGCAGCUCGAGCAGCAGUUCAUCUCAGCACCCCUGGUCGAUGUCAAUGGCCAGGUCGGCGCCGAGGUGUCCUACCUGGGCAAGAAGGAGAAGUUCUCUGCCACGCAGCUCAUCGGCAUGUACCUCAGCAAGAUCAAGCAGACCACCGCUGCCGAGAUCCGCCUGCCCGUGUCGGACCUGGUGAUGAGCGUGCCGGUGUGGUUCACGGAUGCUCAGCGUCGUGCCCUCAUCGACGCUGCCGAGAUCGCCGGCCUGCGGCUGCUUCGCCUGAUCAACGACACCACCGCUGCCGCUCUCGGCUACGGCAUCACCAAGCUGGACCUGCCUCCGCCGGAGGAGAAGCCGCGCCGGGUGUUCUUCAUCGACAUCGGCCACUCCAACUACACCGCCUCUGUGGUUGAGUUCCACAAGGGCGAGCUCACUGUCAAGGGCACUGCCUUCGACCGCCACUUUGGUGGCCGCAACUUCGACAAGGCCAUUGUCGACCACCUGCAGAAGGAGUUUCUCGGCAAGUACAAGAUCGACAUCAACUCGAACCCCCGUGCGGUGUCCCGGGUCUACGCCGCUGCCGAACGGCUCAAGAAGAUUCUCUCGGCCAACCUGCAGGCCCCCAUCAACAUCGAGUCGCUCAUGAACGACAUUGACGUGCAGUCCAUGAUGACGCGCCAGGAGUUUGAGGCUCUGGUCGACCCGCUGCUGUCGGGCGUCGUGGUGCCGCUCGAGCAGGCCCUGGCUCAGGCCAAGCUGACCAAGGACGACAUUGACGUCAUCGAGCUUGUCGGUGCCGGCACUCGUGUGCCGUCGAUCAAGGAGCGCAUCCAGGCCUUCUUCGGCAAGCAGCUGUCGUUCACGCUGAACCAGGAUGAGGCUAUUGCUCGCGGCUGUGCCUUUAGCUGCGCUAUCAUGUCGCCUGUGUUCCGUGUGCGCGACUUUGCCGUUCACGACCUGGUGACGUACCCGAUCGAGUUCACGUGGGAGAAGGCCAACGAUAUCCCUGACGAGGACCCGAACCUGGUUGUGUUUGGCAAGGGCAACGUCAUGCCGUCGACCAAGGUGCUGACCUUUUUUCGGAAACGGCCAUUUGACCUGGAGGCACGCUACUACACGCCGGAAGAGCUGCCUGCCGGCAUGCAGCCCUGGAUCGCACGGUUUUCCGUCAAGGGUGUCAAGCCGACGAUCGGCGGGCCGGACGACUACAUGACGUGCAAGCUGCGGGCCCGCGUGAAUAUCAACGGUGUGCUGAACAUUGAGAGCGCGUACUACGUGGAGGACCAGGAGGUCGAGGAGGAGAUUAAGGAGGACGAGGAGAAGAAGGAGGACGAGGCGGGCGAGAAGAAGGAUGCGGACGCCAUGGACACGGACGCUGCUAAGGACGAGGCCAAGCCGAAGACGCGCAAGGUGCGCAAGCAGGUGCGCAAGGGCGAGCUGCCGAUUGUGUCGGCGACGCAGACGAUGGAUCCGACGGCCAAGAACGCGGCCAUUGAGAAGGAGGCGGCGAUGGUGAUGGAGGACAAGCUUGUGGCCGACACGGAAGAGAAGAAGAACGAGCUGGAGACGUUCAUCUACGACCUGCGCAACAAGCUGGACGACCAGUAUUCGGACUUUGCCAGCGAUGCGGAGAAGACCAAGAUUCGCGAGAAGCUCGAGGCCAGCGAGGACUGGUUGUACGACGAGGGCGAGGAUGCGACCAAGGCGGUGUACAUGGCCAAGAUGGAAGAGCUGCGCGCGCUGGCCGGUCCGAUUGUGCAGCGCCACUUUGAGCACACGGAGGCGCAGCGUCAGGCGCUGCAGGCGCGGCUGGACGCCGAGGCAGCCGCGAAGAAGGCGGCUGCUGGGACGGGCGGUGGCGAGGCCAAGGCCGAGGCCACGGAUGCAGCACGUGACGAUGAGAUGACGGAUGCGGACGGCACGCAGACGACGGUGGAGGAGGUGCAGGAAGACCGGUAA